GCAGCACACAUAGCAAUGAAUUGAGGGGUUGAGAAGGACGGUGAAAACAAAAAUGGACAUCGAUCGGAAAUAGCCCAGCUGUCUAUGUCAGACCUCUGACCAGCACUUCACAAACAACCUGAGGGGAGAAAAGUGAAAGAGGCCAGAGUUCAGAACCAUGGAGGCUCGCUUUGGUAAUAUUGUGUUCAGCUCCAAGUUUGACUCAGGGAACCUGGCACGUGUGGAGAAGGUGGAGAAGGGCAGUUCUAGCCCUUCCUCUGAUACAGCUUCCAGUGGGAGUGCCCCCUCAGGGUCAACCCUCAUCCCUGACUAUGAGUUCAAUGUGUGGACACAGCCAGACUGCGCUGGCACAGAACAUGAGAAUGGAAACAGAUCAUGGUUUUACUUCAGUGUGCGUGGUGCAGCACCUGGAAAGAUACUGAAGAUCAAUGUGAUGAACAUGAAUAACCAGAGGAAGCUCUACAGCCAGGGCAUGGCUCCUCUUGUACGCACUUUACCUGGCAAGAACCGAUGGGAAAGGAUCCGAGACAGACCCACAUCUGAGAUUGUAGAUAACCAGUUCAUCCUCUCGUUCACUCACCGACUGUCAGAGGUGCGAGGGGCAACCACCUACUUCUCCUUCUGCUAUCCAUUCUCUUACACUGAGUGCCAGGAGAUGCUACAGCAGUUGGAUGGGAGCUACCCCAAUACUUCUCAACUCAGUCCAAGCAGUGCACCGAGCAGUGUGUAUUAUCAUAGGGAGUUGCUGUGCCACUCUCUAGAUGGCAAUAGGGUGGACCUGCUCACUGUGACCAACUGCAGCGGGAUGCAGGAGGAGAGAGAACCACGUCUGCCUAAACUGUUUCCCGACACCAACACUCCGAGGCCUCAUCGCUUCUCCAGCAAAAGGGUGUUUUUCCUCAGCAGUCGGGUGCACCCAGGGGAGACUCCCUCUUCCUUUGUGUUCAAAGGUUUCCUAAACUUUAUCCUAAGAAGAGAUGACCCACGCGCUCAUGCGCUUCGCAACAUGUUUGUGUUCAAGCUCAUUCCCAUGCUCAACCCAGACGGGGUUGUCCGCGGACACUACAGGACUGAUUCCAGGGGAGUGAACUUGAACAGACAAUACCUGAACCCCAGCCCUGAGCUGCACCCAUCCAUCUAUGCAGCCAAAACACUGCUGCUCUACCACCACACGCAUAACCGCUUGCACAGUACACAGUCCAGCACUCAUUUGAACAGCCCUACGCACACACAGAGCCCUCCCCUUCACGUCAAACCCGCCAAUCAGCAUCAAGCCCCUCCCCUCACUGCCCUUGAGGGCAGCUUGAACCAGCAAAUUGCAGAAAAGGACGCAAAUCCUGCGCAGCCCGAAGUUCCCAUGGUGAUGGAGGAAAACGUCUGGGUUACGACUGAGAUGGGGAAAAGGGACCAGAACAGCUCAUCGAGCUCCUCAGAGACUGUAGCCCCUGUUACUGUAGAGGUAACAGUCCCACAGGUGGAGGAACAGGAAUCAAUUCCACCCCAGGAGGGAGGUGUGGCCUAUUAUGUGGACUUACAUGGCCACGCCUCCAAACGUGGAUGUUUCAUGUACGGAAAUAGCCUUCCUGAUGAGAGCCAGCAGGUAGAGAACAUGCUGUACCCAAGGCUGAUCGCUGUGAACUCUGCCCACUUUGAUUUCCUUGGCUGUAACUUCUCAGAGAAAAACAUGUACGCUCGAGACAAGAGAGAUGGGCAGUCUAAGGAAGGCAGCGGGCGGGUGGCCAUUCACAAGGCCAUAGGGCUGCUUCACAGUUAUACUUUGGAGUGCAACUACAACACAGGAAAAACCAUGAACACCAUCCCACCUGCCUGCCACGACAACGGACGGGCAACCCCCCCUCCGCCGCCAUCAUUCCCUCCAAAGUAUACUCCAGAAAUAUUUGAACAGGUGGGGCGUGCCGUGGCUACCUCAGCCCUGGAUAUGGCAGAGUGUAACCCCUGGCCACGACUGGUUCUGUCGGAGCACAGCUGCCUGACCAAUCUCCGAGCCUGGAUCCUCAAGCAUGUCCGCAACACCAAAGGCCUGAACACACACAUCAAUGCUCACCCUCCACCAAGAAUACACCACAGUGGCAGCAAGGCUUCACCGCCAAAGAACUUCAACAACUGUCUGUCUGGCUCAGCGUCGGAGAAUACCCUCAGCCGUGUUCGCUGCAACAGCCACAGUAGCAGCAGCCAGACGCCCUCCCCAAAGAUGCACAGCUCUCCGAGCUUUACUUUUGGCUGCCCCCCACCCCGAACUCACACGCAGCACACCAGCACACAUACAAGUGGACGUGGAGGCAACAAGACACUCGGGCCAGUCAGGGACCCUAAGCCUCAGGAAAAGAGACGUCCCCCCCACCACCGCUCCAUCCUACGGUCUCCCAGCAACAGCCACACCCCCUCACGCCCCCCACUCUCACCCCCUUCCUCCUCCUCCUCCUCAUCUUCCUCAGUGUGUGCAGCGGGCUCCUGUCCCCUCCCGGCCUCCGUCAGUAUGACAGGCCUCAGCUGUCCAGACUUUCAGGCUGGUGGACCCAGUUCAGAGGGUUGGUCCAGAACGCCUUUCCCCAUGCGUCCUGGGCGCGUGGGGAGAGGGUGCCGCACUCUUACAACCAGUCAUCACUCUACAGAGUCCCGUGCAGAGACUGCCAAAGACUUGGGGCCUGAACACAUCCUUUCCUCCAUCAAAUUUAGCAAGUGUGAGCUACAACCUCAUGUGAGCCGCAUCCCCAUCCGGAGGAUGGGAUCAACUGACACCCCCUCCACACGUGACAGAAAAACAGCUUCUAAUAGCAAUAAUCCAUCCUCACCUGGAGAGAAAGAGUCGUCAGCCACCAUGAAGGUCUGGAAGCUGCUCAGACCAGGCCUCCACCAACACCUGUCGCUGUCAGGUAUACCGGGGAAAGAUGGUGCCAUACAGCUGGCUUCUAAAGCACUAAUGAAGAACACAAACAGGAGUUUACACUGCAAAGGAAAUGCCAUCAUAGAAACUUCACCAGAGAUGGAUGAGAUACUGCAGCAGGUUGAGGAGACUCCAGCAAUGCCGCUGCCUGAGCCUGUGAACCUGUGUGAGACAGUGACCCUGUGUGGAGAAGCCUAGGAAUUACACAGAAGAGGAGGCGCCUGUGUAAAUGUCUGUUUUCGCUUAAUGUGAGGCUAAAUUACAAUGUGAUCUUAAUGUGCAAUACAACAUUUUAAUCUUUAUUUAUUCAGUUUCCUGAACAUGCAUGGUGUCUUCCACCAUGCAUGUUCCACAUACCAAGGAGCUGCACAGUACACUGAGCAGCUUUACUGGAGCAGCAGGGGGUUAAGUGCCUUUUCUCAAUGACACCACAACAGUGGCUGAGGUAGAGGAAAGGAGCACUUUACCCGUCCCACUUUUCCAACUGAUCCGGAUCCAGUGACUUGAAAUAUCUUUUAACAUUUCAGCUACCGUCACUGUACCUCACAUUUGUGUUUUUUGUAAUUUUAGUCACUUCCCUCUGCCAAAAAGACUCAAAGUAAAUGCACUCUGACCAAUACUGUUAUGCACUGAUAAAUAUUGUGUAUGGUUUCACAGUCAGACACGUGUACUAUUACAGAAAAGGAUAACUUUUACUCAGACUGACAAGCACAACAGGACCUUUACAAUGUCCUUUCCUUUGUGGGUUUAGAAACAAAUGUUCAAGAUAAGUGUGCAUUUAAUGUUAUUAUUCCAGAAGUUGUUUUUGCUUUGCAUAUAAUGCCCAUAAAAUGUAUUCACCUCCCAUUGGACUUUUUCAUACUUUGUUUUACCACACAGGCCAACAGAAAAGUAACUGGAAUGUUAGAUUAAAUUAGAAAAAUCAUACCUACUUUGACCAAGGGUCAAAUGCACGCAGCAACCUGUUUUUCCAAGUAAGACCUUAUAUGGGUGACUGAGAAACAAGUUAGAGCCCAAAGUUGAAACAGAGCUAAGAAUGCAACUGUCUGUUAAAAAUAACUAUGAUAACACUGAGUAGGAAGGGGAUGGAUACUCAUCUAAUCAAAUAUUUUAUUUAUAAUUAACAGUGAUAAACAUUUAGAGGCCCUUUUGUUUGUUUUGAGUGUCAACAAUUUACUUACCUCUGCUCUAAUUCAGCUUAAUAAACCAUAAAAAAGUCCAAGGGUGAGUUGAUACUAUUAUGAGCAAUAUAUAUUUGUAUUGAAUAUACUUUUUCUGUGACAUUCCUAUAGAGCAGGGGUGUCCAAACUGUUUCACAAAGGGCCGUGUGGCUGCAGCUUUUUGCUCCAACCAAUGAAGAGCACACAGUUUGACCAAUCAGCUGUCUGAAGACUGAGAUCAGUUGAUUAAAUGGGUCAAGUCUGGUGUGCUGCUGCUUGGUUGGAACAAAAACCUUGUGCAACAGUUUGGACACCCCUGCUAUAGAGCGUUUUGUUCCACAGGACACCAGUGUGGGAACAAAUCCUAUAUAUUAUCAUAGUCAUACUAAACUGAGAUGAGACUAUGUUGGAACCUGUAAGAAACUUGAAGUAUCAAUAAAUUAACUUGGAAUAAACUCCAUGUACUUUAAAUUUUGCGAAAUAACUCAGUGGAAAUAAGGGAUAACUUAAGGAAUUUACUGAAAAAGCAAUAUAAAUGGACUUCACACAU